AUGGAGCCAACCCAAAAGUUUCCUGGAGCUGCUUGUGAAUCAUCAGUUACCAAACCCAAACGUGGAGGAUGGAAAGCCGUAGCUUUUAUUUUAGGGAAUGAAACGUUUGAGAGGUUGGCAGCGUUUGGAUUGUUUGCGAACUUCAUGGUGUAUUUGACAAAUGAACUUCACUUGGAUCAAGUUAAUGCUUCUAACAUUUUGAAUUUAUGGUUUGGAAUCACAAACUUUGCCCCACUUUUUGGUGCCUUCAUUUCGGACGCAUAUAUUGGUCGCUUCCGGAUGAUAGCUUUUGCAUCCUUUGGUACCCUCUUGGGGAUGAUGGUGGUGACUUUAACAUCAUGGUUACCACAGUUAAGGCCACCACCUUGUGGCCCUGAGGACCUAGCAUCUGGUAAAUGUGUAAGAGCAAGCAAUUCCCAAGUGGGUGUGUUGAUUUUGGGACUUAGCUUUAUAACCAUAGGCUCUGCCGGGGUAAGACCAUGCAGCAUCCCAUUUGGUCUUGACCAAUUUGAUCAAACCACAGAAGAAGGGAAGAAAGAUAUCAACAGCUACUUUAACUGGUACUAUGCCACAUUCAAUAUGGUCCUUUUGGUCACUCAAACCGUGGUGGUAUACAUCCAAGACUCUGUGAGCUGGAAAAUAGGUUUUGCGAUACCCACUCUCUGUAUGCUCUGCUCCAUAAUCAUGUUCUUUGUGGGCACCAACCUAUAUGUGCAUGUGAAGCCUGAAGGAAGCAUCUUUUCUGGUAUUGCUCGAGUUCUGGUGGCUGCCUAUAGAAAGAGAAAACUCACCCUUCCAAUUAGUGAGGAAAAGUCAGAUGGGGCUUUCUAUGAUCCCCCACUAAUUGGGACCACGGUUGUAUCAAAGCUUCCCUUAACCAAACAAUUCAGUGCCUUGAACAAAGCUACUUUAAUAAUGGAGGGUGAGUUAAACCCAGAUGGGACCAUAGUAAAUCAGUGGAGACUUGUCAGCAUCCAACAAGUGGAAGAGGUGAAAUGCUUAGUCAGAAUUAUCCCAAUUUGGGCAGCAGGAAUCCUUAGUCUCACUUCCAUGACUCAACAAGGGACAUUUACUGUGUCACAAGCAAUGAAAAUGAACAGACACCUGGGACCCAAAUUCCAAAUCCCAGCUGGUUCACUUGUAGUCAUAUCAUUAAUCACCAUAACUUUGUGGCUCCCAUUCUAUGACAGAGUCUUGGUGCCAAAACUCAGAAAAAUGACAAACCAUGAAGGGGGCAUCACUCUCCUCCUAAGAAUUGGAAUUGGCAUGGUGUUCUCCAUUCUUUCUAUGGUUGUGGCUGGCAUGGUUGAAAAAGUGAGAAGGGAUUCAGCAAAUUCAAAUCCAAAUCCACUAGGAAUUGCUCCCAUGUCAGUCUUGUGGCUAGCCCCACCCUUGAUCCUUAUGGGGCUCUGUGAGGCAUUCAAUGUAAUAGGACAGAUCGAGUUCUUCAACAGGCAAUUUCCUGAGCAUAUGAGAAGCGUUGGCAAUUCCUUGUUCUCGUGUUCUUUUGCUGUAACUAACUAUGUGAGCAGCAUAAUAGUCAACAUUGUUCAUCAUACUACAAGCACACACAGCCAUCCAGAUUGGUUGACAAAUGAUAUAAAUGCUGGGAGGAUAGACUACUUUUACUACCUCAUAGCAGUGUUAGCCACCCUCAACCUGUUUUUUUUCAUAUUUGUUGCUCGAAGAUAUCAGUACAAGGGGAGUGUGGACUUCCAUGAUGAAACUCAUCAACUGGAGCUUGGAUCUCACAGUGCCUAG